AGUCACUGCAACGACUCGAUCGCCUCCAGUACAGCGACCCAAUCCUGUCGUUCAACAACGACCAAAUCCGGUUGCUACACCACAACGACCUCUUGCUAUCGUUGUUCCCAACAGACCGAUACCGAAAGUUUCAGUUCCAGUGAACAGUGCCCAGGUAUAAAGCCAACGAUAUCUUCUUGGGUUGCUGCAAGUCAAUCAACGUUGCGAAAGUCCUGCGAACGGAUAUGUAAUUUCGAUGUGUUAAAUAAGAAGACGGUGAGUUUGACUGCCAUGUUCCUGGGCACAGAUCCAUGUCCACAAUCUUAUGGACUUGAUUUGAUGCAAUGCGCUGCUCAAUCUCGGGAUCACACUGAGUGCUGUAUCGAACGAGGGGUACAGACUACCAGCGCCGGUAACAAAUGUCCUCGGCUUCUGCAACAUGCGGCCGGGCAACAGCUUCCAAGCUGA